AUGGGGAACGUACAACUGCUUGCCGGUAAAUCUGCAGCUAUUACAGGCGGCGUAACGGGUAUCGGACGGGCGAUAGCUCUCAGCUACAUCAAGCAUGGCUCAAACGUCGCAAUGAACCACCUCGGGGAUCCGAAAUCCAGCGAGCACUUCCAAACUCUCCUCGACGAAGCAGCAGAGAUUGUAGGCAGCCGCGACGAAGGAGAGAAUCGGCUCGUAGAAGUUCCCGGCGAUGUAGGGGACCCGGAAACGGGAAAGAAGCUGGUGAAGACCGCGGCAGAGAGGUGGGGAAGACUGGACGUGUUCGUUAGCAAUGCGGGUAUCUGCGAGUUUCGAGAGUUCCUCGAUAUAACCCCCGACCUCUGGAAUCAGACACUGUCUGCCAACCUUACGGGCGCAUUCAACAGCGUCCACGCAGCCGCCGUACAGAUGUCCACCCAAUCUCCCCGGGGAGGCUCUAUAAUCGGUAUAUCGAGCAUCUCCGCGCUGGUGGGUGGGUCGCAGCAAGCACAUUACACCCCGACGAAAGCUGGGGUGCUGUCACUCAUGCAGUCAUGUGCCUGUGCACUAGGAAAGUACAAUAUCAGAUGCAAUGCACUGCUGCCGGGAACAAUAAGAACGCAACUGAAUGAGAAGGACUUGGAGCAGGAGGAAAAGAGGAGGUAUAUGGAAGGAAGGAUCCCGCUGGGAAGAAUAGGAGUCACGGAAGACUUGGCAGGACCGGCGGUGUUUCUGGGCUGUGAGGAGUUGAGUGGGUACGUGAGUGGAGCGCAGUUGCUGGUUGACGGUGGCUUGUUUGUCAAUCUCCAAUAG